AUGUCGUUGAAUUAUGGACUUGAUGAAAUAAUUCAAAUAAAAUGCUCCUACAUAAUAGAUAAAUAUAAAAAUAAGUUGAAAAAAUUAAAAGAGUACAAGCAUGCUUUAAAAGAAGAAUAUGAAAAAAAAAACAAGGCCCAUUACGUAAAUAGAUAUAUGCUUAACAAAGAAAAAGAACAAAUAUAUAUGGAUAUACAUAAAUAUAAGGAGAAAUAUGAACUUGAAACCUUAGAAAAAAUAAAGGAAAAGUACAAUAACUAUUUCGCUGAUAUUUUUUUAUACGAACAAGAAUAUUAUCAAUGUAUAUAUAAAGUAUUCAAAAAUUUACUACAAAAAAAGGAGGAAAUAGAUGAAAAAGAAAAGCAAGCCAUCAAAUUAUAUGAAUAUGGACAUAUGAUGAUCUCAGAUAAAAAUAUAAAUGUAGAAUUUCAAAAUAUAGCAAACACCAAUAAAAAAUCUUUUAGCAUGUAUGACGUUAAAGCAUAUGAAUAUAAAAAAAAUAUAGAUAAUAUAGAUAAUAUAGAUAAUAUUGAUAAUGCUGAUAACUUAGAAAAUCUUUAUAAUAUCAAUGUAAAUGAAGUUUAUGAAAGCAUCCUUCUCGAACAGAACGAUGAUAAUUAUAGUCACAUACUCAACAACAAUAAGAGCUUUAAUAAAUUAAAUAGUGAAUAUGAUCAAAUAAAGUAUAUUCCCCAAAAUAGUAAUUAUAAUAAUAAUAUUAAUAUGUUUACUUCAAAUUUUAAUGAGUACAAUUAUUCUAUGAAUGAACAUAAACAUAUGUCAUCAAUAAAUCAAGUAAAUAUCAUAGAUCAUAUAAAUACAGAAGAUAUAUUAAAUAAUACUGAUAAAAAUGAUAAUACAAACGAAUCAGAUAUUAUUAUUAAAUAUUCGAAUCAAAAUUUUCAUCAGAAUGAUAUGGAUAUUCAACAAAAUAAUAUAUCUCAGAAAAAAGAAGCGUCAAAGGAUAAUGAAACAUACAUAAAAAAGAAAAUACCAAAAGAAAAUGAAAGUGAAGAAAUUAUUAUGAAUUCAACUGAGGAUAUAGAUGUGCAAGAAAAUAUAGAAGAUGAAAAUGUAGAGAGUGAAAUUAAGGAUCAUAUAAGAAAUAAUUUAGAAGACAUGGAUUUUUUCAAAAAAGAAACUACAUUCGAAGAAAUAAAUAUAAAUAAAAAUGAUAAAAAUAUUUUUCUUCCAAAUAAUGAUGAGAAAGUAGAAGAAAAUAAAUUUUUUAAAAAAAGUGCAAGUACCACAAAUGAGAUUUUAGCAAAUAAUAUUUUGAAUUCACAUAUAUUAAAUAAUAGUCAUGAUAUAAAUUCAAAUAUUAAAUAUGGGAAAAGUGAAAAUUAUAUAAAUACACUUGAUCUACAAAAAUUACAUAACGAUAUUAUAAAUAAUGUAGAAGCAAAUAGAGAAGAUAAAUCUGAAACAAAAAAAAAAACAGAAGAAUUAGAUGAUAUUAUUGAAAAUAAUAUAGAUUUUAAUAUAUCUAGUUAUUUUAGUGGAAAUUUUGAUGAUAUUAUAGAUAAAGAAUAUUUAAUAGAAAAUGAAAAAAGUAAUAUAUUAAAUGAAAAUUCAUUUAUUAUAAAUAAUGAUCAAACUAUUCAAUAUGUAAACAAUGAAAAUAUACACUCGAAACCCUCUUCUAUUAAAAAAAAAGAAAAUUUAAACAUAUAUAAUAAUAAUGAUGAAGAAUAUCAAUAUAUGCAAAUAUAUAAUGAAAAUAAUAAUAAAAUCCAGUCAUCCUUAUUUCAAACAUUUAACAAUUUUAAAAAUGAUUAUAACAUACAAAUUGAAAGAAUGAAUACUUUUGAAAAUUAUGCACAAGAAAUAAAUAUACUAGAAAAUUAUGAACAUAUUAUGAAUUCACUAAACUUAGAUAAUACAUUAAUUAAAAAUGAAAAUAAUAAAAGUAACGAACAUGCAAUGUUGAAUAUAAGUAAUAUCAACGAUAUCAUAAAUUACAUGAGCAACAAUAUAAAAAAGAAUUAA